GAUUAGGAUGAAUCACUUUUGAAGGUAUUUAAGCCACAGUGAAAAACUAAAAUUUGCAGUUCCAAACAGGAUCAGACAGCGAUAGUACCUACCUCGUAACAUGGUUAAGCUUUUGGUUAUCAUGGCGGUGUUGGUGGCUGCGACACUGGCUUACCCUGGUGGUAGCAGAGGCGGCGGUUACGGCAGCGGUAGUCACGGGGGUGGUUUCGGUCGCGGCGGCCGCGGAGGUGGCUUCGGCAAAGGCAGUAACUACGGCGGUUACGGAGGUCAUGGGUCAUCUGAGCUAAUAGAUGGCGGUUUCGGUAGCCAGGGAGGCUUUGGAGGUAGCCGUGGAAGUCAGGGCGGCUUGAGAGGUAGCCACGGGAUUCAGAGCGGGUUGGGAGGUAGCUACGGGAGUCAGAGCGGAUUUGGUGGUAGCCACGGAAGUCAAGACGGCUUUGGUGGAAGUCAGGGCGGCUUUGGUGGUAGACACGGAAGUCAAGGCGGCUUUGGUGGAAGCCGUGGAAGUCAAGGCGACUUUGGAGGUAGCCACGGAAGUCAGGGCGGCUUCGGUGAUAGUGAUAGCCACGGAAGUCAAGGCGGCUUUGGUGGAAGCAGCGGAAUUCAGGGCGGAUUUGGAGGUAGCCACGGUAGACUUACGGACAUAAAUAUUAAAUAAUUUUUGAGUACCUACCUAAUGUAACUAACUUGUGAUAUUGUAAAAUUUGAGUUACCUAUUGUAAAAUAAAUUGAGUUACCUAUUGUAAAUUGUGAUAAGAAAUAAAAUUUUAAUUGAAAAUAAUGGGUUAUUGUUAGGCCCGGUAUGUACUACCUGUACCUAUACCUAUACCCCCAUAUAACCAUGUUUAGGUAGGUACUUAAAAUGAAAUGUUGGACGCAGUUGUGGAUGACCCC